GCGUUCCCUAUUUUUUGUGUAAAGGAACAUUAGGCUUCCUAAGUUUCAACGACAAUAGUGUUGAUUCAGUACCUGGAUGUUCGAGACUUUAGUAACUGUUGUCUAAGAAAGUAAUUGUGUAGUUAUUUUUUUGUGUUACUGUGUAUUUAACAAUGGCUGUGUUAGCGGCGGCACAGUUGUUAGACGAGCUGAUGGGCAGACAUCGUAAUACUAAUCCAAACGAAAAGAUAAGAAAACCCAACUGGGAAGAUCCAGAAUACUGUAAAUACUACAUGGUCAAAUUCUGUCCUCAUGACUUGUUUGUAAAUACAAGGGCGGACCUUGGAGCCUGUCCCAAAGUACAUGAUGAUGAAGUCAAGGAUCUGUUUGAAAGAGCAGAGUCUUCGUAUAAGAAAGCUCAAUAUGUUGAAGAAUUUCUGCGGUUCUGCCGUCACAUGAUUAAUGAUGUUGAAAGAAAGAUUCAAAAAGGGAAGCAAAGACUGGAACUCAUGAAUUCCAAACCAGAGGGUCCACCAAUGACUCAAGCUCAAACAGAGAAAAAUCAGGAGCAGGUACAACUGCUAUCAGAAAAGAUCACAGCCUUAGUACAAGAAGCAGAGGAAGCUGGUACUUGUGGUAAUGUAGAACAGGCCCAAGGGCUCAUGAAACUCUGUGAUCGACUGAAAGAGGAAAAGGAUCAGCUCUUAAAACAACAAGAAAACAGCCACUGGUCAAUGACAGCAGAACUAGCAGCUGCCCAAGAGAAGCAAAUGGAAGUGUGUCCUGUCUGUGGGGCCUUUUUGAUUGUUGGUGAUGCACAACAAAGAAUAGAUGAUCAUUUGUCUGGGAAACAACAUGUUGGGUAUUUUAAACUACGUCAAGCAUAUGAAGAAAUGAACGAAGCCCGAGAGAAGGAGCAACAAGAGAAGGAGCGAAAACGACGGGAAGAGAGAGAAAAAGAGCGCAGCGCCCGCGGCGGUGGUCUCGGUUCGGACAGGCGAGAUAGAGAGAGAAUGGAGAGAGACCGCGAGCGGGACCGUGACAAGGAUAGGAGUGAUAGAGGAGACAAUACAGAUAAAGAGAAGGAGCGUCAACGGUCGAGUCGUGAGGUGCGGGGCGGCCGUAACGAAGAGCGCGAGGGGCGUGAAAAGGAAAGGGAAAGAAGCGAUCGGGACCGUGAACGUGACACUAAGGAACGCGAUACCAAAGAACGCGACAUCAAGGAUCGAGAUACCAAGGAACGCGACCCCAAGGAACGUGAUACCAAGGAGCGUGACACCAAGGAGCGUGACAGAGAUCGCGACCGUGACACCAAGGAUCGGGACCGGGAUCGCGAUCGCAAGCACCGCAGGGAGAGAAGAUCGUCGCAUGAGCGUGGGUCUCGGCGGCGCUCCCGUGAACGUCACUAGUGAUUGACUGAGGUAUCACAAAAGCCCCUCGAAACGUUGCAAAACCAUAUACGAAGAUCCACAUCGAUGGAGGCGACUCAACCAUAGACAAUGAGGUACUUUUGCAAUUAAGAGAACAGCAGCCAACGAAGAGGUGGAAGCAUCGACUAUUAUUGCCGUCUCUUUGGACAUCGGUACCGAGGUGACCUAGCAUAUUUUACGCGUUUAAUGAUUUUUUUAAUAAUUCCACGUGACGUUAAGGCAAAUGCAUGUAUGCGUUACAAAUAAUUAUACUUGUUAAAAUCGUUUAGAAUGUAAGUUCAUGUAAAAUGUAGCUCAGCAAAAAUUUAUCCAUAAGGAGUUAUUUUCUGUAAACCAGAUUCGUCAAAGGAGUGACCUUCAGGUAUUUAUCGAUCUUUUAUUUCGCUAAAUAAGAUUGUAUUAAUUAUUUGUGUAUGAGUUAAUAGUGAGAAUACUAGGGAUUUUACUAUAAUAAAAAAUUAAAUAUUUUA